UAUCAUUUAUAUUUUAUUUAUUUCUUUUAUAUUUUUGUAUAUAUAUCUUUAUUUUUAUUUUUUUUAUUAUUAAUUUAAUAAAAAUUAUAAUUUUUUAUUUUAAAACUAUAUUAUAAUUAUAAUUCUUUUUUUUUCUAAAAAAAAAAAAUUGAUAAUAAAUUUAUAAAAUGAGUAGUUUUACAAAUAAAGAAAAUGUUUCAAAUAACACAUCAUUUUCAAAUCAAAACAAGCAACCACAAAGAGUACUACAACAAAACAAUAAUGUAACAAAUACUACUGCAACAACAAAAUCAACCAUAACAAAAACUACCUCUGCCAGUUCAACUCCAUCAACAUCAACUCCAUCAACAUCAACUCCAACAUCAACAUCAACAUCCUCUUCAAACUCGGGUCCAAAAAAGAAAUGGUGCAUCGAUGAUUUUGAUAUUGGUAAAUUAUUAGGUAUGGGCAGAUUCGGUCAUGUAUAUUUAGCAAGAGAAAAAAAGAGUCAAUUUAUUGUGGCUUUAAAAGUUUUAUUUAAAUAUCAAUUACAAACCCAUAAUAUAGAGCAUCAAUUAAGAAGAGAAAUUGAAAUUCAAUCCCAUUUAAGACAUCCAAAUAUUUUAAGACUAUUUGGUUAUUUUUAUGAUGAAAAAAGGGUUUUCUUAAUUAUCGAAUUUGCUAAAGGUGGCGAAUGUUUCAAAGAAUUACAAAAAGUUGGUUCAUUUAAUGAAAUGACCGCUGCUACAUAUACAUUACAAAUUGCAGAUGCUCUUAGAUAUUGCCAUUCUAAGCAUGUUAUACAUAGAGAUAUUAAACCAGAAAAUUUAUUAAUUGGCAUAAAUGGUGAAAUAAAAAUAGCAGAUUUUGGAUGGAGUGUUCAUGCCCCAAAUACUAAAAGAAAUACAUUCUGUGGAACACUUGAAUAUUUACCACCAGAAGUUGUUGAAAAUAAAGGUUACGAUCAAACUGCAGAUGUAUGGAGUUUGGGUAUUUUAAUUUACGAAUUUUUAGUUGGCCACUCACCAUUUGCAUCAGACGAAGAGCAAAGAAUUUUUAAUAAUAUUAAAGAAAAUGAAGUACAUUACCCAUCAGCAAUAUCAACAGACGCAAAAGAUUUAAUUUCAAAAUUAUUAAUUUCAGAUCCACAUCAAAGAAUAUCCUUAAAAGAUGUUAUUAAUCAUCCAUGGAUUCAAAAAAAUGCCCAUCCUCACUCAUUGGAGCCUACUAAAUUAGGUUUACCUCUCCCAUCACAAAUGACUCAUUAAAAUACAGUUUUUACAUUUUUUUUUUCAAAAAUAUGAUUAUAUUAAUACCAUGAUCAUAUAAUAUAAUACACAAAAUAAUAAUAAUAACAAUAAUUAUAGCAAUAAUAAUAGUAAUAUUAAUUAUUGGACAGAUAAAAACCAAAAACAAACUAAAAAAAAAAAAAACCCAAAAAAAAAAAACAUAGAUCAAAGUCAUUAUUAAAACAACAACAACAAUUGUAUAUAGUAGCAGAAUAAAUAAAUGAAUUUUUAAAAAAUAAUAAUUUUAAUAACAAUAAAAAAAAUACAAUAAAAAAAAUCAUUAAAAACUAAAACCAUAUUUAUUAAUAAUAUUAUUAUUUUCAAAGGGUAUAAAUAAUGAAGAUUUAAAAUUAAUAAAGAUAAUUUAGAUAAAUGUAUUAGUCUAUAUUGGAUAUACUAU